UGACACACUCACAUCAGGUUACAGCAGAAAACUCAGAACAAGCCGGGGCAGAGUUGUUAAAGGUAAGGGAAAGUUAGACAUGGCUGUUUCUUCCAUUUCUCUGCUGGUUGAUUGUACUAUAAUAAUUGACAGGGUGGAUAAUAGUUGUAUGUUUCUGAAUAUAUGUAUGUUGUCCUUAAUUGUCUUGAAUUAAACAUUGGUCAUUUUAAACUUAGAGUUGAAAUAAGAAGUAGAUAGCGAAGGGAUAUUCAGUAGUCCGAGCUAAUCAGGUAAACAGGUAGGACUUGGAGCAUUUACAGUUAGACGUCUGACCAUCUGAUAGACGUCUGACCAUCUGAUAGACGUCUGACCAUCUGAUAGACGUCUGACCAUCUGAUAGACGUCUGACCAUCUGAUAGACGUCUGACCAUCUGAUAGACGUCUGACCAUCUGAUAGACGUCUGACCAUCUGAUAGACGUCUGACCAUCUGAUAGACAUCUGACCAUCUGAUAGACGUCUGACCAUCUGAUAGACGUCUGACCAUCUGAUAGACAUCUGACCAUCUGAUAGACAUCUGACCAUCUGAUAGACGUCUGACCAUCUGAUAGACAUCUGACCAUCUGACAGACAGUCGACUUUUAGAGAUCAGUUGUCUAUCACACAUUUAUUACACCUCCCACACUCACUCACUCACUCACUCACUCACUCACUCACUCACUCACUCACUCACUCACUCACUCACUCACUCACUCACUCACUCACUCACACACUCACUAUUUUAGCCUGACCAUUUAAAAUACCAUGCUGUUUUUCUUCCUUACGUGAAAGCCUCACUGGCAGCUGUUUCAUCCUAUUGGCUUUGGCACUAUGUCCUGCUGCGCACGGAGAUGAGAUUGAGACCCUGUUGCUGUUUUGUUGUUGUUGAUUUGAUUUGAUUUAUUUGACCAUUUAAACACAAUACAACCACACGUGGAUACAGAGCAAUGCCAUUCAAAUCAUUGACGCUGACACGAAAAGGUAAAAAUAAAAAUAUAUUUCCAUUGUGGAAAUAUACACAAGAUUAUAUAAUGAAAACAAAAUAUACACAAGAUUAUAACAUGAAAACAAAAUACAUCUCAAAUACAUUUCAUCAAUAGGGAGGAAACAGUAGAAGAAAUAAAAUAGAUGACCAAGUUACAGUAAGUUCAUUGAAGCAAUUAUACUUUCUUUAGCCUGUGCAGUUUUAAAGCAUUUUGCCCAUAAACCAUUUCUUAAGGUAUGGAUUUUAUGGAUUUCAUAUGGUUUGGUAUGGAUGGUACGGAUUUUAUAUGGUUUGGUACACAAUUCCAUUACUCUGCACUAGUGUUAAGGAAAUAGCUUUUUACAGCCAUGCUUAUAUAGCGCAGCGAUCUUCUAUUGGCAACACUGGCUCUGGUGUGAUGGUCGAUGAGAGACUCUAAUUAAAUUAAAAUAAAAAAAAUUACAUUUUAGCCGACGCUCUUAUCCAGAGUGACUUACAGGAGCAAUUAGGGUUAAGUGCCUUGCUCAAGGGCACAUCGACAGAUUUUUCACCUAGUCGGCUCAGGGAUUAGAACCAGCGACCUUUCGGUUACUGGCACAACCACUAAGCUACCUGCUUCCCCCAAGUAACUUGGGGAAAGGUUAUGUAUAACUUUUAAAACCAUCAACAGUUUGAUCUGCACCACCCGUAGAUCAACUGGAAGCAUUUUCAGUUCCCUGAAAUGAUUAGGAUCAAUGUGCAUCCUAGGGCUGAGCUUAAAUAUUAUUCUCAUUAGUUUGUUUUGGGCUGUUUUAAGUUUGUCCUUCAGAGUUUUGGUUAUGCCACUGAACCAUGCAUAAUCAUAGUGGCACUGUAUCAGAGAUGUUACCAGGGUCCUCAUAGUCUCUGUAUCCAGGAACUUGCCUACUCUUGGCAGGAACUGCAAUGAACCUUCCCAAUGACAUUCAGAGCCAUGAGUUCACCCGAGCAUUUCUCCUUCACCACUACUCCAUUACACUUGACUGAGAAGUUGGAAGAGUUUCUAACUUUGUGUUUGUAACCAAAUAGGAUACAUUCUGUCUUGCCUAAAUGCAGAGACAGUUUGUUGUUGGAUAACCACUUACUGACUUUAGUCAGUUGGCUGCUUAGGGUCUUUUCAACAGUCUCCUCAUUCUAAUGUGAAACCAAGAGGGCAGCAUCAUCCUCAUACAGGAACAGAGGGCAUGAACAGCCAGAGUCCAUGUCAAAGGCCUCAAAAGGUUGAAGAGAUAGCAGAAUGAUCCAAAUGGUCAAAAUUCUCUAGAACACAGAGAACAGAGACAUUAGAACACACAGAACAGAGACAUUAGAACACACAGAACAGACGCAUUAGAACACACAGAACAGAGACAUUAGAACACACAGAACAAAGGCAUUAGAACACACAGAACAGAGACAUUAGAACACACAGAACAGACGCAUUAGAACACACAGAACAGAGACAUUAGAACACACAGAACAGAGGCAUUAGAACACACAGAACAGACGCAUUAGAACACACAGAACAGAGACAUUAGAACACAAAGAACAGAUGCAUUAGAACACACAGAACAGACGCAUUAGAACACACAGAACAGACGCAUUAGAACACACAGAACAGAGGCAUUAGAACACACAGAACAGAGACAUUAGAACACACAGAACAGAGGCAUUGGAACACACAGAACAGACGCAUUAGAACACACAGAACAGAUGCAUUAGAACACACAGAACAGAGGCAUUAGAACACACAGAACAGAGACAUUAGAACACACAGAACAGAGGCAUUGGAACACACAGAACAGAGGCAUUGGAACACACAGAACAGAGGCAUUAGAACACACAGAACAGAGACAUUAGAACAAAGAACAGAGACAUUAGAACACAGAGAACACUACAGAACCACAGGUAGUCAAACUGGAUUGAGAGAGAGAAUGAGUGUGUGUGUGAGAGAGUGACAGAUAGAGGAAGUUGGGAGAAGAGAAAGACAGUGGUUGGGUAGGGGGAGUUGGAGUCCAAGAAGUUGGCUUGAGUUUCUAAACCAACUCCAAACAGAAGACAAGGAAUAGAGUUAUGUGCUGGAAAAACCACACAGUCAGCAUGGCCAAACUGGAGGAAGAAAAUAUCCCUUUUCCUGAGAACAGAACAGAGAGGAGAAAGUCACUGCGCUCUCCAGUUUUACAGUACGUCCCAAAUGGCACCCUAUUCCCUAUAUAGUGCGAUACUUUUGACCAGAGCCCAUAGGUCAAAAAUAGUGCAACAAAUGGGGAAGGGGGUGGCAUUUGGGACACCACACCCUUGUACACUGACUGUGGCAGAACAAAAUCAACAAAUGUGACCUUUUGUUCUAACCACUAGGGUGCCAUGAGUGACGAGAAAACAAUGAACUUAAAGAAGUGUGAUUGAUUGCUUUGUUAAUGGAACCAUUCAUUCGAGUCCACGGCACGUUGUAAGUAGCACUUUAGGUUUGUGAGCGUGAAUCACAAAUAAAAUGCAUACACACCACCACCACAGUUAAAGGGACAAUCUGCAGUAGCUACAUCCAUUUUUGGACUAUGUACCCAUUGAUUCUUGAAGAAUAUAACAUGUAAAUGCCUCAUGAGCUUUAGUUCAACUGUCGUACCUCAUCAGAGCCCAAAAUAUAAACUUCGUUUACUUCCAAUGUUUGUAAACAAUGUAAAUGUAAACAAACACUGUAUAGCCUCAAAACAUGGUUAAAACUAUAAUUUUGAUAUCAUGGAUGGUCAGUCCUUGCAUCCAUAGCUCUGUCUAUGAAUUUGAGAGUGGUUCCAUUUCUCCAAUCCCGUCGCUCAGGUUUUUUGCGAACCAGUGGUGGGGGCGUUCGCUUUGUUAUUGUUUCAACUGCUGAUUGCCGCUUUAACGAAAGGGAGAGACAGAAACAUCUGAUCUUAUCAGAGGAAUCAGUCCAGGAACAGCUGAGAAACAAGGAAUCUUCUGGACUCUUAUGUUGAUGACAGCUUUAUGUCUUCUACAACAUUCUUCACAAAGCUUAUUUGAGAGCCCAAUUCCCAACCCUUUGUUUUUAGUGUAGCAACGUAUGUAGCAACUUCAAGGUAGCCUGGUCCCAGGCCUGUUUGUGCUUGCCAACAAUGGUCAUUGUCAAAUACAUAGAUAGGUGUUAGCACAAAUAGAUGAAGGUGUUCUAGGAACAAAAAAAUCUAAACAAUGUGUACGUGUCCCCAUUACGUAUCUAAAACCAGCAACUAAAAAUGGUGGCCUUAGUGUUUUAGAACAUAUCAUCUUAGGGAGGCGACCGUUUUAACAGUGCCAUGAGUUCAAAUUUAAUUUGCGGUUUUUAGUCAAGAAUGCUGUGGUUGGAGAUGUUUGGAUUCCAAGGUUUGUAACGACGUGAGGAGGCCACGUGAGGAGAAACCGAUGCAUUUAUACCCAGGACAGAGCAGUGGUGGGGACAGGAAGGGAAACAAAGCCCUCAUAUUGACCCCAAAAUGUCAGUCAAAAAAUAUUGAGACUUCCUUCUUCUAAGACCUUUAAACUGGGGAAAAGGCUUUAAGGGCCAUCCACACCAAGGACUAUAACUAUAACAAUAAAUGAUACAUACUGUAACUAUACACGUUGGCGAGCAUCCACACCAGAGGACAGUUUAUUGUUGUGCAGUAGGGGAGAGAGUUGAGCCAAAGGGGUAAGUUUCUAGGGGAAAUUAAUAAUUUGACCAACUAUUUAGGAAGGGGUAAUCAUUUCAUGGAGUCUGUGAAGGAAGAAACCACAUGGAAAAAGUGGUAAGCAAGUUAGGUCCAAAAAACUAAUUUUCACCAAGUCUAAUGAAUUAUUUUGUUAGAGGUUUCAUGAUGCUUGUAUCUAAACCAAAGUAGAUGAUUUGUGACCGACCGGCUCGAUUCGGUCUUAUGUAGCCAAAUUUAAAAUUGUGUUUUUUUACAUUGGAUAAAAGUAGAGACUCAGAGCUAGAAAAUGGUAUAUCAUACACUACAGUUGAGGAACAAUGGGAAAGUAAUUCUGCUUUGAAAGUUGAUAAACUUGUAACCUCACUUUUGAGAAAAUGGCCUUUGAAUGUUUUGGUGCACCUACUGGAGAGCUCUUCUUUGUCUAUACCCAUUCAGCAUCGUUCACACCCUCUUAAGUUUUAGGCCCACCCAUCUCUUUAAGGGUUGAUCAGAGCGUUCUGUCCUAACAACAGCAGUCAAGCACCCAAGCUAACUGGCUAAGGUUGGCUAACUUGAUAGCUACUUCCAGACUAUUUUACUCACCCUAGCAGAGCUGGAUAAGGCUGUUUUUAUGUUAUCCAGAGUGUUGGUGACUGCAACUGUGCUGCUGGCAACAAUUUACGCUUUUUUGUAAAAGUUUACUAACACCGGCCAUAUUCAACGGGUGUUGAGCGUUCGUAAAUUUGUCAGUUAUUCUGUGCUCUGGCACACUCAGACGAGAGUACUCUGAAAUUGGAGUAGAUAGCCAGAGCGAAUUUACCAGCUACGUCUAUCAACAGUUGUCGCAGUGACAUCAUUAACAUUCUAUUGAAAUGGUUACUUGCAUAGUGUAGUCUUUUAUUAAGACACGUAGCUAGCUAGCUGGCUAAACAAUUAACCAUAAUCCCAACUCAUGAUGUUACUACCCUGCAUGAAUCUGCAGCUAGCUAACCAACCAGGUUCAAUGUUAGCUAGCUAACAUUAGGUUAUAACUAGCAAAGCAAAUGGCUCUGAGAUACGAAUAAUAUUACUACACAGAUCCUACACAUAACGUUAGCUAGCGAGCCAGCCAGCUAACGUUAGCUAGCUAGCUGACAGUACACUAACUUGAAAUGAAAACGACUUUAUGACAAAAUUAGAAAUGUGCUCAUUGGCAAUGCAUUGAGUAGAAUGCUCAGUCGGUCAUCAGUCCAAAACAAAUGUUCAAAACAAUAUUGUGACGAAACGUGCAACCCAUGAAUACACCACACAAUUAAAGUUAUUUAUGUAGCUAUCUCGGGCAUUAUCGCUUAAUUACACCACAGAAAAGUUAGACGUGUGCAUACAGUUUAGUAUCACAGAGGUAACAGAGCGUUGUUAACACCCCGCCCUUUCUCUCUUCACUAACUCCUAAAACAGUUUGUUUUGAUUGACAUUUCCCACAAGCAAAUGGGUGUCGUGACGUGCCUUUCAUUAUUGCGAUGACUAUUAUCGACUAUGUUUAAUUGUUACUAGAUUAAAUUAAUCAUGUAACAAUUAACUCAUUAGGAAUUUGGGGCACCACGGGAAACGUUGUUUAACAAGUUACCGUUUCCCGAAUUAACUCUAAAGAUAUCUAGAUAUCUCUUAUAAUUUAACAGUAAUUUAUUAAGUUAUCAUUUACCUCAUAUCAGUCUCAUUCUGAAAUACGUAGGUGUCACGCCCUGACUCAGGGGACGCUUAUAUGUUGAGUCAGGGUGUGUAUAUUCCUUGUUGUGUUUGGUCAUUGUUUGUCGAUCUAGUAUGUAUGGUUCUAUGUUGGCCGGUGUAAUUCCCAAUCAGAGGCAGCUGUCGUUCGUUGUCUCUGAUUCGGGACCAUACUUAUGCAGCCUAUUGGCACUAGUGGGUUGUGGGAUCUUGUUAAGGUAUGUUGUGUCGUCUACCUUGGACUUCACGUUUCGUUUCUUGUUUUGUCGUGUGUUUAUUUAGAAAAUAAGCAUGUACGCAUAUCACGCUGCGCCUUGGUCUGUCCCAUCAUUCAACGAACGUGACAGUAGGCUCUUUAAGUCUGCACGAACCUGGGUCUUACUGAUCAUUCUGUACCACACAAAUUGAUUUAAUUAUUUAUUUACUAACUAAUUAAAAAUGAUAACACAAGAUACAAACACAUACACAGUAUAGGUAGGGAUUAGAAACGUAAUACAAUGAAAACGGGUCCCUAGCGGACUAACACAAUAUGACACUUGUUACAAAAGAUGGCGAGUUAAAGAGAGGGAGAGAGAAACACUUGGAUACACAUGAACCUAAGCUCAUAGUCAUCCUAAUACUUUUCCAGAACUGACGCCCGUUUGGCAAGAAGUAAUGCAUGUAUUUACUUGUUUGAUUUCGUCGUCUCUGUUGGACACAGGCCUUCGUGAGAAGGGUCGAUUGGGCCUUCUCUUUUCGGAUGGCCUUUUAGAAGUAAGGUUCAGAUAUAAUGCUCAGAUUGUCCACUAGAGGUCACAAUGUCCUUCUUCUUAGUCGUCUGUUUACUUUCACUCGUUCUGGAAGUGGUCUUCUGAGGACGGCUAAUCAGCCGUGUUGAUGAUCCCCAGUGGGGUGAUGAGAGCAGUGUAGUAGACGAUGGUUUGAAGAGAGUAACAGGGUGGUCCCACUUAAAUUCACCUUCUUAGAUACACUACUUAGAACAGCUACACAGCCGUACCAUUGCUUGUUAGUGGAGGCAACUUUGUCGUCUUCACCUCGUGUUGAUUUUCAGGGUCGGGACCAAUAUGGACAACAGCUGCAGCUUGAGGUCCGUCUAGUCUGAUCUGAUCAUUCUUAUCUCAGUCUUGUAUUCUGGUAAAGAGGGGCGUUUCCGUCAUACUGACACGCUCUCUGAGCUCCCUCGGGCGUGGCUAGUUACGAGGCAAAAGUAUUAUUAUGACUAUGAUUUUGUUAGAAAGCUAAAAUCACAUUCCUAUCUUCACGAAAACAUUGUCUUCCUCCUUGAUAUUUUCUACCCAAGGUAAAGGAUGUAUACCUGAUAUCCACAGUGUAAAAGCUCUUCAAGUCACAAUGUUUUCCUUAUAACACCUUUAUACAAAAUAUACAUUAAUUUUUCUAUAUUCCAUUUCUCAUCAUUCCCAACGUUUGGAUGUUGAAAUAUAUUGUCCCAAUGUUCAUUGUUGGAUGUUUAAGUUUUUGGGCGGCAAAAGUCUCUGAAACAAAGGACAUUCCUUUCAGGGAGAGUCAUGACAGGGGCUUCCUCUCUUUCCUUCCUAAGAUAUCUCUGUUUGUUUCCCCCCAUUGACGAUACUACAGUACUCUGUCAACAGUCACCUAUGAACAUGAAGACGCGUGCCCUGUGCUGUACCCUCUGCUGUCACAGCCCCAGGUCUUCAGACUAAAUCUCAGCGCUAAGCUUAGCUGAGUCAGGUGUUGAAAGACUACUUUCAUCUCAGUGAAAAGGCCUGGCACCACAAUGUCUCUCUAUCGUCUCUCUAUGUCGCCAUCUACCUUCGUCCUGUGAUUAGUAUUGUUUGUUUAUACCGGGGGCGAUUGGUGUCAGCGAUGAUGUGCGUAGCUAGGGGAAUAAGGAAUAAGUCACAGGUGGCGUGUGGAUUGUUGUGGGUCACAGAAAUGAUAUGUCAAUACAUACCAUUGACACAGUAUAUUUAUUUAUUUUAUUUAUUUAACCUUUAUUUAACUAGGCAAGUCAGUUAAGAACAAAUUCUUAUUUACAAUGACGGCCUACCAAAAGGCAAAAAGGCCUCCUGCAGGGACGGGGCUGGGAUUAAAAAUAAAAAUAUAGGACAAAACACACAUCACAACAAGAGACACACCACUACGUGGUCCUCUGUAGCUCAGCCGGUAGAGCACGGCGCUUGUAACGCCAGGGUAAUGGGUUCGAGACCACCCAUACACAAAAAUGUAUGCACGCAUGACUGUAAGUCGCUUUGGAUAAAAGCGUCUGCUAAAUGGAAUAUUAUAUUAUAUUAUAUAAAGAGAAACCUAAGACAACAACAUAGCAUGGCAACACAACAUGGUAGCAGCACAAGACAUGGUACAAACAUUAUUGGGCACAGACAACAGCACAAAGGGCAAGAAGGUAGAGACAACAAUACAUCACGCGAAGCAGCCACAACUGUCAUUAAGAGUGUCUAUGAAUGAGUCUUUGAAUGAAGAGAUGGAGAUAAAACUGUCCAGCAUAUCUUAUUUUAUUUACAGUAGUAUGCACAUGUGUGUGAGUGAUCUUUGUGAAUGUAUGCACAGUAUGUUCUGUAUGUAUGGAGAGUGUGUGUGUGUGUACACGUCUGUUAUUGUGCUUAUCGUGUGUGUGUCGGGCGUCAUUCACAACGGGACUGUUCAGUCAGUGGUAUUUCUCUGUUUACUGCAUAGCUGACAUUGUUUGGGUCUGUGGCUGCAUGUGGCUGUCACAGUGGUCCCUCAAGAGGCCAGAGAGUCUAGCACCCACCCACUGAGUGGUCAGGAGAGAGAGGGGGGGCUUAGGGUUAUAGAGGGGGAGACGGGAAGGACAGACAGCGAGGGAGGAGGGAGGGAGGGAAGAAGCUUGGGAAGAGGGGAGAAAGAGAAGAGUGAGAUGGAUAGAUAUGGGUGGUCAGGAUAGAGACAAAGUAGACAAGAUGGCGGGAGGACAAGAGGGUACAAUGUAGAAUAAGUAAAGAGAGUGAAAGGAGAGAAGACAGGCGAGAAAUUAAGAGGAGAGAAAUAUAUUGAGGAAGAGAAACAGAGAGAAAUCACUGGGAGAAAGGUGGGAGGCCAAUAUAGAGUAGGAGAGACAUUUUUAUAUGUAGGAGUGUAUUGGGUUCCCUGACUAUUGGUCUCAACAGUCUGGGAGUUAUUUUGAGAUCUGUAUUUGGACUGAAGGGCUAUAAUCAGGGGCGGACUUGCCACACAACAGAGACAUUAGAACACACAACAGAGACAUUAGAACACACAACAGAGACAUUAGAACACACAACAGAGACAUUAGAACACACAACAGAGACAUUAACAACAAUAAUCUACAAAUGUUCUCACCUCCUCCUCUGUCCCGUUUGCUCUCUCUUGCCAGGCAGUCAACCUGCUUUCCAUCACGAGAAAAGAGUCACAACGCCCGUAGAAGUUGGCAGGAGAGCAGAAACCAACUGGCACUCAGACUUCCAACAGACUGGCACUCAGACUACCAACAAACAUACAAUGUGCUAAAAAACAAUGCUCACAGCUGAAGCCUGACAAUGAUGGACAAACAAAAUGGUAACAGCCUUAAAAAUAUAUGAAAUGUAUAAAUGAAAAUUGGCUACCUUUUUGAUAGUUGGUUAUAUGAAACUAAAACUGUAUGUUAGAUAAUUCCUAAACACAUUUACGCUCCACACACUACAGUGCUUAUUAUCUAUCAAUGCUAUGAUAACAAGUAUUGCAACACUGCAAUCCUUUUUUAGGAAAUGGGCCCAAAGCCCCAGAGAACGGGGUGAAGGGGAAGCCUCCGUACUCUGUGGAAACGCCCUAUGGCUUCCACCUGGACCUGGACUUCCUCAAGUACGUGGACGACAUCGAGAAGGGCCACACCAUAAAGAGGGUCCCCAUCCUGCGCCGGAGCAGUGGGCAGAGGCCCAGCACUCUCCCCAGGCACCUCAAGCUCUCUGGGCAUGGUUACCAGCCUAGCCCCUUGGGCUCCACUGGAGCUCUGGCCCCCAAGUCUCGCCUCGCCGACCCCCACCAAGGCUAUGGCUCUUGGGCUUAUGACGGCAGAUCGCCAGCCUCCCCUGGAGGGUACAAGUCUGUGGCAGAGAUGGAAGCCAGUAUCCGGGCCUUUGAUGAGCAGCCCUUGGGGGAGCACAUCAGGCCCAAUCUCCUGCGGGCCUCCAACCUGCCUCUCACCGUUCUGCUGAGGAAAAGUUCAACUGAAGACCCAGUCAGUCUCCGAAGCUCCAGAGACCGUCUUGGAGGAAGGGACACGUCCACGGAAGACAUCUUCUACUCCCUGGACCGCUCGUCCGACUGUCCGUCCGACCAGGACUUUUCUGGAACCCUCCGCCGCCUAAAUGAAGCCCUGGCGCGCAUGGGCGAACUGGAGGAGGAGGUCCGGGUCAUCCCAGAGCUCAAGGCACAGAUCUGCAUCCUGCAGGAGGAGAGGGAGAUGCUCCGUCUUGGACUGAACCCCAAACCCGGGUCCCGAACCUUCGCCAACAGGGUUAAAGACCACUCUUACGUGACCUCUGACCUCAAAAGACCCAGGAAAGAGAGUCAUCUCUUCCCCACCAAAGACGAUGUCACUGAUGAUGACUCUAACCAGACACAUGAAUGGAGGACAAGCACAGACCUGGAUGAGCUUCUCACAGUGACGUCCCUGCAGGCCAAAGUGGCCAUGCUGGAGCAGAGGCUUCAUGAGAGCAGCCUGGACCUCCAGAAGACCACCGUGCUAUUGAGAGAACAGCAGAAGGAGGACCGGAGGAAGGAUGAGAGGAAGUGCCAGCUGACAAGGAACACUGGGGACUGGGUGAGAGCAGAUAGAGUCCCUGUGGACCAAGAUGAAGAACAGACUGAGAAUACUUCUAGGUGGGCCUUAGCAGGUGCGCAUGGUACGUCCAUUCGAGAAAGUUUGAAUGUAGGAGAAGCUUUGUCGACAAAUACAGUGACCAUUAGAACAAAUAGACAAAACUCUGGCGCUCAGAUUGAGGGCCUAGAAGAUCAUCAAGUUUGGGUUUCAGCUAGCUCUUUCAUGAUGGAGGCCCAAGCGAUCCGUCUUGGAGCUGGUCAACACAGUUCAGAAACGGUGGUCCAUUGCUCUGUCAGAGAACCAGGCCUGGCAGUACCCAUGGAGCACAUGCCUCAGGAGGAAGCCCCCCCAGGGAGCAUGGAUCAAGCUGUGGCAGCCCUCCACAUAAGGAGGAUCCAGGGUCUCCUGGAACAGCAGUGGGAGUGUCUGUGUGGGGGGACAGCAACAGAGGGGGGCAAGGCCCUGGAGCACCCAGACCCCAAGGUCAAUUCGCUACAGGAGGAGAUGAUGAGUCUGGUUCAUACUCUUUCCUCCUACUACAACCAUGGAUCCAGUGACGGAGAGGUUUCUCAAGGAGGUAUAGUUUAUUUUCACAGAUCUUUGGGUUGAUUUCCAGAACACAGAUUAAGCCCAUUGCUAGACUAAAAAGCAGAAUCUCAAUUGAAAGUGCUUUCUAGUCCAGGAGAAGUCUUGAUCUAGGACUGGGAACCUGGCCAAUAAUUGACAGUCUACACUGACGCUAAAUAUUUUCAAUUAAAUAUAAAAAGAGAAGUUAUUUGGAAAAAGGAAUUAUCUUCUCAGGUUCCUUAUAAAGCUAAUUGAAUUCCAAUGCUAAUUUUAUAGCACAGAGCUCUUUUGUCUUUUAUAAGGUAGACAUUUUCGAACUCAUUUGAAUUUCAAAGUGUAAAGUCCCAAUGUUUUUUAAACCCCAUUCACGUCACGUCAGCACAUUUAACUCACAGCUUUGAGCUAUUUCUCCAUCUAGCAUGAACGAUUAGGUCAGAUUUGCGAGUCAUUUACGGGAAUUCCCUGCACACAAAUUUUAUUACCAUGUCAAAGAGACCAUUUUUUGACAACUUUACUUGCCUCUCUCACAUCGAGACCCACAAUUUUACCAUGCAGUGUAAAUGAAUGGUUAUAUUUGGCCUGGCUUUAUGCCUGAUAGAAGUGUAGUGACGACUGUAACUCUCUCUUACUGUAGGCACUUUAUGAAGGAUUUUCUUUUUGCCAUAUUGGAAUGACUCAGUCCCUACAAGCACUUCCCUUUAUACUAGCACUUUGGUCAUAAUUAUUUUGUUCUCGUGCAAAAGACAAUUCAAAGCUGCUGAGGACACAACUCACCAGACUUGUGUGUCUUAUUAAAGCAAAGAAAGUUAUCAAAGCUUCCCAUUGCUAUUAGGCUACCAACCAUGUAUAAUGGAGUAUGUUUAAGGACUGUCUAUUUCCAUGUCUAUGUCGUACUGUGUGGUUGGUCCCACCUGAAAGGACAAUAAUAUGCAAAGCAUUUACAAUUAUGUAGCUUUUAUGAAGGGUUCAAGCUUCACCAACCCUUUAGUUGUUGUUGUUUGUUUAGCCGUUGUUGUAUUCAAAGUGAGACCGUGUGAUUUAACAGCUCCUACGCCUUAAAACAUUAUUCCGUCUCGUCUAGGGUUGCAAAGGGAGGGUAUAUUACUGGAAACUUCUGAAGUUUACCAGUAAACUACCAGAAUUGUGGUAACUUUCAAGUUAUUUUAGGAAUUUUAUCUAGUGGCCUUUUUGGGUACUUUAGAUUAUCACAGGUGUCUGUAAUUAUCUCUGGCCCUCUGUGUGGCCUUAUCACAUGUUAAAUAUAUUAAAUAAUCAAAUAAGAAUAUUUUAAAAUAACAAAUACAAAUAUAAACCAUCAACUUAGUGAAUACCAUUGGUGUUUAAUAUGAGGGUUUCAGCAUGAAAUAUCCUUUAUACUGUAUUUGUAUUACUAUGUCAAUAUGUCUUUGUUUUAAAUGUUCUGGUGCCAAACUGGUGGCAGUUGUGAAAAAACUAAAUAGUUGGAAGAGUUGCAUAGUUAAUGGCAAAUAAUGCCAUUGUUGAUUAGAUGCUUAUUUCAUUAAGUAGGCAAUUUUCUCUUGAAUUAAAUGGCCUAUUCACUAGAGCAGUAGUUCCCAACCUCUUUUGGUUACUGUACCACCAACUGAAUUUUGCUCUGCCCGGAGUACCCCUGAAGUACGCCCUCGUGCAUUUUACCAGUAGGCCUCUGGUCUCAUGAGUCUUCUCAAGUACCCCCUGUGGAUAGGCCAAGUACCCCCAGGGGUCUUAUUACCCCUGGUUGGGAACCACUGCACUAGAAACUCAUGGGCACAGAUAUAUAAAAAGAAUAUUAUAUAUGAAUACAUUUGUUUAAAGUUAUUAAAGUAUAAAUUACCAACGUUCCUAUAGAUUGCCAUAGCUUUUACCAGUAGUUUUGCAAUCCUAGUCAUGUCUUUUUCUCUCCUAGUCCCAACAUCCAUCAUGAAGAGAAAUGGGAGUGCUCGGCUGUCAAAGAACCUCCACUUUGCUGGUGUGAGCAGAGGGUAAGACACCAGUCUCCUGAUGUAUAUGUUGUUUACAAAUAACUAACUUGAGCAUCACCCUCUGAAUUUAUGACCAACUUAUGGCUAACCCUGAAGAUUUUACUGUGCGGCAACACUAGUUUGGUACUGUCUGCGUUUAGCUAUGAAAACCCCUUGUACAGUGCCUUCAGAAAGUAUUCACACCCCUUGACUUUUUCACAUUUUGUUGUGUUACAGCCUGAAUUUAAAAUGGAUUAAAUUGAGAUUUUGUGUCACUGGCCUACACACAAUACUCCAUAAUGUCAAAGUGGAAUUAUGUUUUUAGAAAUGUUCACAAAUUAAUACAAAAUGAAAAGAUUAAAUGUCUUAAGUCAAUAAGUAUUCAACCCCUUUGAUAUGGCAAGCCUAAAGUUUAGGAGUAAAAAUGUGCUUAACAAGUCACAUAAUAAGUUGCAUGGACUCACUCUGUGUGCAAUAAUAGUGUUUAACAUGAUUUUUUAAACGAUUACCUCAUCUCUGUACCCCCAGUCGAGAAGUGAAUUUCAAACACAGAUUCAACCACAAAGACCAGGGAGGUUUUCCAAUGCCUCACAAAGAAGGGCACCUAUUGGUAGAUGGGUAAAAAUUUAAAAGCAGACAAUGAAUAUCCCUUUGAGCAUGGUGAAGUUAUUAAUUACACUUUGGAUGGUGUAUCAGUCAAAUCAAAUCAAAUUGUAUUUGUCACAUGCGCCAAAUACAACAGGUGUAGACCUUACAAUGAAAUGCUUACUUACAAGCCCUUAACCAACAAUGCAGUUUUAAGAAAAAUAAGUGUUAAGUAAAAAACAGAUUUUUUAUUUAUUUUUUAUAAAUGAAAGAGCAGCAGUAGAGAGGCUAUAUACAGUAACGAGGCUAUAUACAGUAACGAGGCUAUAUACAGUAACGAGGCUAUAUACAAUACACCCAGUUACUACAAAGAUACAGGUGUCCACCUAACUCAGUUGCCGGAUAGGAAGGAAACCACUCAUGGAUUUCACCAUGAGGCCAAUGGUGACUUUAAAACAGUUACAGAGUUUAAUGGCUGUGAUAGGAGAAAACUGAGGAUGGAUCAACAACAUUGUAGUUACUCCACAAUACUAACCUAAAUGACAGAGUGAAAAGAAGAAAGCCUGUACAGAAUAAAAAUAUUCCAAAACAUGCAUCCUGUUUGCAAUAAGGCACUAAAGUAAAACUGCAAAAAAUGUGACAAAGAAAUUAACUUUAUGUCCUGAAUACAAAGUCUUAUGUUUGGGGCAAAUCCAACACAUCACUGAGUACCAUUCUUCAUAUUUUCAAGCAUGGUGGUGGCUGCAUCAUGUUAUGGGUAUGCUUGUCAUCGGCAAGGACUAGGGAGUUUUUUUAGGAUAAAAAGAAAUGGAAUACAGCUGUAACCACAGGCAACGUCUUAGAGGAAAACCUGGUUCAGUCUGCUUUCCAACAGACACUGGGAGACAAAUACACCUUACAGCAGGACAAUAACCUAAAACAUAAGGCCGAAUAUACACUGAGUGUACAAAACAUUAGGAAAACCUUCUUAAUAUUGAGUUGCCCUCAGAACAGCCUCAAUUCAUCGGGGCAUGGACUCUACAAGGUGUCGAAAGCAUUCCACAGGGAUGCUGGCCCACAUUCACUCCAAUGCUUCCCACAGUUGUGUCAAGCUGGCUGGAUGUCCUUUGGGUAGUGGACCAUUCUUGAUACACACAGGAAACUGUUGGGUAUGAAAAACCAGGCAGCGUUGCAGUUCUUGACACAGUCAAACCGGCGUGCCUGGCACCUACUACCAUACCCCGUUCAAAGGCACUUAAAUCUUGUCUUGCGCAUUCACCCUCUGAAUGGCACAACUCUAUGUCUCAAUUGUCUCAAGGCUUAAAAAUCCUUAUUUAACCUGUCUCCUACCCUUCAUCUACACUGAUUGAAGUAGAUUUAACAAGUGACAUCAAUAAGGGAUCAUAGCCUUCACCUGCAUUCACCUGGUCAGUCUGUCAUGGAAAGAGCAGGUGUUAGUAAUGUUUUGUACACUCAGUGUACACUGGAGUUGCUUACGAAGACGGCAUUGAAUGUUCCCGAGUUGCCUAGUUACAGUUUUGACUUAAAUCGGCUUGAAAAUAUAUGGCAAUACAUUUGCUAAAAUUUCAAAAAAAUAUUUUCACUUUGUCAUUAUGGGUGAGAAAAAGAAGGGUGAGAAAAACAUACAGUGGGGAAAAAAUGUAUUUAGUCAGCCACCAAUUGUGCAAGUUCUCCCACUUAAAAAGAUGAGAGAGGCCUGUAAUUUUCAUCAUAGGUACACGUCAACUAUGACAGACAAAUUGAGAAAAAAAAAUCCAGAAAAUCACAUUGUAGGAUUUUUAAUGAAUUUAUUUGCAAAUUAUGGUGGAAAAUAAGUAUUUGGUCACCUACAAACAAGCAAGAUUUCUGUCUCUCACAGACCUGUAACUUCUUCUUUAAGAGGCUCCUCUGUCCUCCACUCGUUACCUGUAUUAAUGGCACCUGUUUGAACUUGUUAUCAGUAUAAAAGACACCUGUCCACAACCUCAAACAGUCACACUCCAAACUCCACUAUGGCCAAGACCAAAGAGCUGUCAAAGGACACCAGAAACAAAAUUGUAGACCUGCACCAGGCUGGGAAGACUGAAUCAGCAAUAGGUAAGCAGCUUGGUUUGAAGAAAUCAACUGUGGGAGCAAUUAUUAGGAAAUGGAAGACAUACAAGACCACUGAUAAUCUCCCUCGAUCUGGGGCUCCACGCAAGUCUCACCCCGUGGGGUCAAAAUGAUCACAAGAACGGUGAGCAAAAAUCCCAGAACCACACGGGGGGACCUAGUGAAUGACCUGCAGAGAGCUGGGACCAAAGUAACAAAGCCUACCAUCAGUAACACACUACGCCGCCAGGGACUCAAAUCCUGCAGUGCCAGACGUGUCCCCCUGCUUAAGCCAGUACAUGUCCAGGCCCGUCUGAAGUUUGCUAGAGUGCAUUUGGAUGAUCCAGAAGAGGAUUGGGAGAAUGUCAUAUGGUCAGAUGAAACCAAAAUAGAACUUUUUGGUAAAAACUCAACUCGUCGUGUUUGGAGGACAAAAUGCUGCUGAGUUGCAUCCAAAGAACACCAUACCUACUGUGAAGCAUGGGGGUGGAAACAUCAUGCUUUGGGGCUGUUUUUCUGCAAAGGGACCAGGACGACUGAUCCGUGUAAAGGAAAGAAUGAAUGGGGCCAUGUAUCGUGAUAUUUUGAGUGAAAACCUCCUUCUAUCAGCAAGGGCAUUGAAGAUGAAACGUGGCUGGGUCUUUCAGCAUGACAAUGAUCCCAAACACACCGCCCGGGCAACGAAGGAGUGGCUUCGUAAGAAGCAUUUCAAGGUCCUGGAGUGGCCUAGCCAGUCUCCAGAUCUCAACCCCAUAGAAAAUCUUUGGAGGGAGUUGAAAGUCUGUGUUGCCCAGCGACAGCCCCAAAACAUCACUGCUCUAGAGGAGAUCUGCAUGGAGGAAUGGGCAAAAAUACCAGCAACAGUGUGUGAAAACCUUGUGAAGACUUACAGAAAACGUUUGACCUGUGUCAUUGCCAACAAAGGGUAUAUAACAAAGUAUUGAGAAACUUUUGUUAUUGACCAAAUACUUAUUUUCCACCAUAAUUUGCAAAUAAAUUCAUAAAAAAUCCUACAAUGUGAUUUUCUGCAAUUUUUUCUCUCAUUUUGUCUGUCAUUGUUGACGUGUACCUAUGAUGAAUGAAAUUACAGGCCUCUCUCAUCUUUUUAAGUGGGAGAACUUGCACAAUUGGUGGCUGACUAAAUACUUUUUUCCCCACUGUAUAUUUAAACAAUUUUGAAUUCAGUCUGUAACAACUAAAAUGUGGAAUAAGUCAAGGGGUGUGAAUACUUCCUGAAGGCACUCUAUAUGGCUAGAUUGGCAGGAUGGCUGUACAUUUAGAACCUAAAAGGGUUCUUUGGCUGUCCACAUAGGAGAACCCUUUGAAGAACCCUUUUUGGUUCCACAGCGGGUUCUACAUGGAACCCAAAAGGGUUAUCAUAUGCGGACAGCUGAAGAACCCUUUUGGAACCCUUUUUUUUUUUCUAAUAGUGUAAUGGCAAAAACAAACUGGUUCCUAAUGAUAUGUGUUUAGCUUUGAAACGACACCAAAUGAGGAUUUGGACAGUAAGAGGCAUGCAAACGAGGACAUGUCAGCCCUGCAGCAACAACCGGAUGGACAACUCCACCCUGGGGAGAUGGCAGAGAAACGUGCAGACCACAGGGGUUCCAACCAUGGAGACCAGAAAGAGGGAGACCCAAGCCCAGGCCAAGAGAUGAUGGAAGGAACCAAUCCGACGGACGAGACUACUCAAGCUGCACAACCAGACGAACAGACAGAUAGUGGUGGGGAUGCGGAAGCUGCAGAACCAAAGGAACAGAACAAGACAGACACAACACCAGAGGAAACCAUGAAAGCAGAACCAGACCCUAUCACAGAUCCCAAACAAGACAGGUGAGGGGAACUGAGUAUAUCGUAUUUCAUUCAUUAAUUAUACAAUUUGAUGAUUUGCCAGUUUAAAUUUUGGCAUAUUCAUUUUCUAAUUUUGAAAAGUGCCAUGACAUUUUUUCAGAAUAAAAAAAAACGAUUUAUUAUAACGUAUUGAUGUUAGUGAGAGUAUAUUAAUAUUGUUGACAGUCCAACUCAUGGGACUGAUUCUAUUUCCUCAUAGAGAGGCUGUAGAAGGGGAGUUCAUAGCAGCAUGUCAUUUCGUCAACGAUCACAUGGAUAACAUUGAUAACCCCAAUGAUGGAAUGGUACGUAUGGUACAGAAAUACACUUAGACAUCGACCUAUAGGCACAACCUAAUUGCACAAGCCUUAUUCAACACCUCUAUGAACGGCUGUCAACACAGAUAAGGCAGGCACUACCAAACACAGUGUCUUAAAGAUGAAAUCAUUUGUGUCAUUUUUCAUUUAAUGAAUGGAAGAAAAGCAUAGUUAUACACCUCAUUACUUUCAUUAGCAUCAUUAAAAUGUACAGGUAACUAUAGUCCCGUGUAGCUCAGUUGGUAGAGCAUGGCGCUUGCAGUAUAAAAAAAAUAUUAAAAAAUGUAUGCACUAACUAUUAGUCGCUCUGGAUAAGAGCGUCUGCUAAAUGACUAAAAUGUAAAUGUAACUGCCAAAAUCAAGGAAACACCAACAUAAAGUGCCUUAAAAGUGCCACCACGAGCCAGAAUAGUUUCAAUGCACCUUGGCAUAGAUUCUACAAGUGUCUGGAACUCUAUUGGAGGGAUGCGACACCAUUCUUCCAUGAGAAAAUACAUCAUUUGUUGAUGGUGGUCAACUGGGUUGAGAUCUGGUGACUGAGACGGCCAUGGCAUAUGGCUUACUCGUGCCCUGUGGAUGGGGUCUUUGUCAUCCUAUGGGGGUAUAGCCAUGGUAACCAAAAGAAUGGCCUGCCCAGCAUACCAGGGUCGUUACAAACAGUACAGGAAUGAAAUCAUCAACAUGUAUUGAUCAUAUCUUUACUAAUGCUGCAGAGAUUUGUUUGAAAGCAGUAUCCAAAUCCAUUGGAUGAAGUAAUCACAAUAUAGUAGCCAUAUCUAGGAAAACCAAAGUUCCAAAGGCUGGGUCUAAUAUAGUGUGUAAAAGGUCAUACAAUAGGUUUUGUAGUGAUUCCUAUGAUGUUGAUGUAAAGAAUAUAUGUUGGUCCGUGGUGGGUAAUGAGGAGCAAACAGACACUGCACUUGACACAUUUAUGAAAUUGCUUAUUCCAGUUACUAAUAAGCAUGCACCCAUUAAGAAAAUUACUGUAACAACUGUUAAAUCCCUGUAGAUUGAUGAGGAAUUGAGAAAUUAAUGGUUGAGAGGGAUGAGGCAAAAGGAAUGGCAAAUAAGUCUGGCUGCACAAUCGAUUGGCAAACGUAUUGCACAUUCAGAAAUCAUGUGACUAAACUGAAUAAAAAUAAGAAGAAACUACACUAUGAAACAAAGAUAAAUGACAUAAAGAAUGAUAGUAAAAAACUUUGGAGCACCUUAAAUGAAGUUUUGGGAAAAAAGGCAAACUCAGCUCCAUCAUUCAUUCAAUCAGAUGGCUCAUUCAUCACAAAACCAACUGAUUUUUCCAACUACUUUAAUGAUUUGUUCAUUGGCAAGAUUAGCAAAUUUAGGCAUGACAUGACAGCAACAAUUGCUGACACUACACCACCAAGUAUAUCUGACCAAAUUAUGAAAGACAAGCAUUGUAAUUUUGAAUUCCGUAAAGUGAGUGUGGAAGAGGUGAAAAAAUGAUUGUUGUCUAUCAACAAUGACAAGCCACCGGGGUCUGACAACUUGGAUGGAAAAUUACUGAGGAUAAUAGCGGACGAUAUUGCCACUCCUAUUUGCCAUAUUUUCAAUUGAAGCCUACUAGAAUGUGUGUGCCCCCAGGCUUGGAGGGAAGCAAAAGUCAUUCCGCUACCUAAGAAUAGUAAAGCCCCCUUUACUGGCUCAAAUAGCCGACCAAUCAGCCUGUUACUAACCCUUAGUAACCUUUUGGAAAAAAUUGUGUUUGACCAGAUACAAUGCUAUUUUACAGUAAACAAAUUGACAACAAACUUUCAGCAUGCUUAUAGGGAAGUACAUUCAACAAGCACAGCACUUAUACAAAUGACUGAUGAUUGGCUGAGAGAAAUUGAUGAUAAAAAGAUUGUGGGGCUGUUUUUUUAGACUUCAUUGCGGCUUUUGACAUUAUCGAUCAUAGUCUGCUGCUGGAAAAACAUAUGUGUUAUGGCUUUACUCCACCUGCUAUAUUGUGGAUACAGAGUUACCUGUCUAACAGAACACAGAGGGUGUUCUUUAAUGGAAGCCUCUCCAACAUAAUCCAGGUAGAAUCAGGAAUUCCCCAGGGCAGCUGUCUAGGCCCAUUACUUUUUUCAAUCUUUACUAACGACAUGCCACUGGCUUUGAGUAAAGCCAGAGUGUCUAUGUAUGCGGAUGACUCAACACUAUACAUGUCAGCUACUACAGCGACUGAAAUGACUGCAACACUUAACAAAGAGUUGCAGUUAGUUUCAGAGUGGGUGGCAAGGAAUAAGUUAGUCCUAAAUAUUUCUAAAACUAAACGCAUUGUAUUUGGGACAAAUCAUUCACUAAACCCUAAACCUCAACUAAAUCUUGUAAUAAAUAAUGUGGAAAUUGAGCACGUUGAGGUGACUAAACUGCUUGGAGUAACCCUGGAUUGUAAACUGUCAUGGUCAAAACAUAUUGAUACAACAGUAGCUAAGAUGGGGAGAAGUAUGUCCAUAAUACGCGCUGCUCUACCUUCUUAACAGCACUAUCAACAAGGCAGGUCCUACAGGCCCUAGUUUUGUCACACCUGGACUACUGUUCAGUCGUGUGGUCAGGUGCCACAAAAAAAGGACUUAGGAAAAUUGCAAUUGGCUCAGAACAGGGCAGCACGGCUGGCCCUUGGAUGUACACAGAGAGCUAAUAUUAAUACUAUGCAUGUCAAUCUCUCCUGGCUCAAAGUGGAGGAGAGAUUGACUUCAUCACUACUUGUACAGUGAGGGAAAAAAGUAUUUGAUCCCCUGCUGAUUUUGUACAUUUGCCCAGUGACAAAGACAUGAUCAGUCUAUAAUUUGAAUGGUAGGUUUAUUUGAACAGUGAGAGACAGAAUAACAACAAAAUAAUCCAGAAAAACGCAUGUCAAAAAAGUUAUAAUUGAUUUGCAUUUUAAUGAGGGAAAUAAGUAUUUGACCCUUCUGCAAAACAUGACUUAGUACUUGGUGGCAAAUCCCUUGUUGGCAAUCACAGAGGUCAGACGUUUCUUGUAGUUGGCCACCAGGUUUGCACACAUCUCAGGAGGGAUUUUGUCCCACUCCUCUUUGCAGAUCUUCUCCAAGUCAUUAAGGUUUCGAGGCUGACGUUUGGCAACUCGAACCUUCAGCUCCCUCCACAGAUUUUCUAUGGGAUUAAGGUCUGGAGACUGGAAUCUGAUUGAUUGAUUGCUUCUGUGGACAGAUGUCUUUUAUACAGGUAACAAACUGAGAUUAGGAGCACUCCCUUUAAGAGUGUGCUCCUAAUCUCAGCUCGUUACCUGUAUAAAAGUCACCUGGGAUUCAGAAAUCUUUCUGAUUGAGAGGGGGUCAAAUACUUAUUUCCCUCAUUAAAAUGCAAAUCAAUCUAUAACAGUUUUGACAUGCGUUUUUCUGGAUUUUUGUUGUUGUUAUUCUGUCUCUCACUGUUCAAAUAAACCUACGUACAAAAUCAGCAGGGGAUCAAAUACGUUUUUCCCUCACUGUAUUUAUGAGAAGUAUUGACAUGUUGAAUGCACCGAGCUGUCUGUUUGAACUUUUGGCUCACAGCUCGGACACCCCAUGCAUACCCCACAAGACAUGCCACCAGAGGUCUCGUCACUAACAUCAUUAACAUGUCUAUCUGCUGUUAGCAUCAUUAACAUGUCUAUCAGCUGUUAGCAUCAUUAACAUGUCUAUCUGCUGUUAGCAUCAUUAACAUGUCUAUCUGCUGUUAGAAUCAUUAACAUGUCUAUCUGCUGUAUGCAUUUUCUCUCUGAAAUAUCCAAGGGUUAUGGAUAGAAGUCCUCAGAUACAGAUCUAGGACCAGUUUAUCCUCCAUUUGGGGGGAAAACAGGAAACUGAUCUUAGAUCGGAGUCUAUGGCAGGGCUGGGCAACUCUAGUCCAGGUGGGCCACAGUGUGUGCAGGCUUUUGUCCUAGCCCCGAACUAACACUCCCCGGUUAACUUCUGUCUGUUCCCCAGAGGCGGGGCCUGGUGGUGCUGUUCCAGCAUUGGUUCCGGGUGGCGGCUGAGGAGGACUCCCUGGCCAAUACGGUGUCUGUGUACCUCAGAGAGGUGAGGACGGCCACGCCCUCGCUCCUCCCCUUCCUAGUUAACAUGGCUGACGACAACGGCAACACAGUGCUGCACUACAGCGUGUCUCACACCAACUACCCCAUUGUCAGCCUGCUACUGGACACAGGUAGGUACCACUGUGUGUGUGUGUGUGUGUGUGUGUGUGUGUGUGUGUGUUAUUCCACUAUUAUGAGUAUGGUAAAGGUAGGACAGUAUGUGUACAUAAACACUCACUGUAUGGGAUAUCUACAUGGUUCCACAUUGUAUCUACAUGGUUCCACAGUGUAUCUACAUGGUUCCACAGUGCAUCUACAUGGUUCCACAUUGUAUCUACAUGGUUCCACAUUGUAUCUACAUGGUUCCACAUUGUAUCUACAUGGUUCCACACGUGUAUCUACAUGGUUCCACAUUGUAUCUACAUGGUUCCACAUUGUAUCUACAUGGUUCCACACAUGUAUCUACAUGGUUCCACAUGUGUAUCUACAUGGUUCCACAUUGUAUCUACAUGGUUCCACAUUGUAUCUACAUGGUUCCACACGUGUAUCUACAUGGUUCCACAUUGUAUCUACAUGGUUCCACAGUGCAUCUACAUGGUUCCACAUUGUAUCUACAUGGUUCCACAGUCUAUCUACAUGGUUCCACAUUGUAUCUACAUGGUUCCACAGUCUAUCUACAUGGUUCCACAUUGUAUCUACAUGGUUCCACAUUGUAUCUACAUGGUUCCACAUUGUAUCUACAUGGUUCCACAUUGUAUCUACAUGGUUCCACAUUGUAUCUACAUGGUUCCACAUUGUAUCUACAUGGUUCCACACGUGUAUCUACAUGGUUCCACACGUGUAUCUACAUGGUUCCACAGUGCAUCUACAUGGUUCCACAUUGUAUCUACAUGGUUCCACAGUGUAUCUACAUGGUUCCACAUUGUUUCUACAUGGUUCCACACGUGUAUCUACAUGGUUCCACAUUGUAUCUACAUGGUUCCACAUUGUAUCUACAUGGUUCCACACGUGUAUCUACAUGGUUCCACAUUGUAUCUACAUGGUUCCACACAUGUAUCUACAUGGUUCCACAUGUGUAUCUACAUGGUUCCACAUUGUAUCUACAUGGUUCCACACAUGUAUCUACAUGGUUCCACAUUGUAUCUACAUGGUUCCACACGUGAAUCUACAUGGUUCCACACUGUAUCUACAUGGUUCCACACGUGUAUCUACAUGGUUCCACAUUGUAUCUACAUGGUUCCACAUUGUAUUCAUGUCUGUUCAUCCACUUCUAUAGACUCUCCUGAAACAAUCCCACAAAAACACAAGUUGACAUGAACAUUCCAAUACAGGUUUCUAAAUGUGUGUGUGUGUGUGUGUGUGUGUGUGUUCCCUCCUCUGCAGGUGUGUGUGAUGUGGACCUCCAGAACAAGGCGGGGUACACAGCGGUGAUGCUGGCCUCCCUGACGGCCCCGGACGGCUCUGGGGACAUGGAGGUGGUCGGCAGGCUCAUGGAGCUGGGGGACGUCAACGCUCGAGCCAGCCAGGUCAGGUCACUGUCACUGCCUCUGUAAACGCCAAAUACACGCCUCAUACUUCAUCCUAACACUCUUAUAUGGCACAUAUUGUACCGUAGGACCAAGCUUCUCAGUAUUCCAAAGCAAUAGACAAGAAUUGCUACAAAAUCCAUAGCGGAUAUUUCAGAGUUACAUACACUAUACACUACCAGUCAAAAGUUUUAGAACACCUACUCAUUCAAGGGUUUUUCUUUAUUUUUACUAUUUUCUACAUUGUAGAAUAAUAGUGAAGACAUCAAAACUAUGACAUAACACAUAUGGAAUCAUGUAGUAACAAAAAAAGUGUUAAACAAAUCAAAAAUAUAUUUUAUAUGUGAGAUUCUUCAAAUAGCCACUCUUUGCCUUGAUGACAGCUUUGCUCACUCUUGGCAUUCUCUUAAGCAGCUUCAUGAGGUAGUCACCUGGAAUGCAUUUCAAUUAACAGGUGUACCUUCUUAAAAGUUAAUUUGUGGAAUUUCUUUCCUUCUUAAUGCGUUUCAGCCAAUCAGUUGGGGGGGUAUACAGAAGAUAGACCUAUUUGGUAAAAGACCAAUUCCAUAUUAUGGCAAGAACAGCUCAAAUAAGCAAAGAGAAAUGACAGUCCAUCAUUACUUUAAGACAUGAAGGUCAGUCAAUACGGAAGUUUCUUCAAGUGCAGUCUCAAAAACCCUCAUGCGCUAUGAUGAAACUGGCUCUCAUGAGGACCGCCACAGGGAUGGAAGACCCAGAGUUACCUCUGCUGCAGAGGAUAAGUUCAUUAGAGUUACCAGCCUCAGAAAUUGCAGCCCAAAUAAAUGCUUCACACAGUUCAAGUAACAGACACAUCUCAACAUCAACUGUUCAGAGGAGACUGUGUGAAUCAGGCCUUCAUGGUCGAAUUGCUGCAAAGAAACCACUACUAAAGGACACCAAUAAGAAGAAGAGACUUGCUUGGGCCAAGAAACACGAGCAAUGGACAUUAGACCGGUGGAAAUUUGUCCUUUGGUCUGGAGUCCAAAUUGGAGAUUUUUGGUUCUAACCGCUGUGUCUUUGUGAGAUGCAGUGUGGGUGAACGGAUGAUCUCCGCAUGUGUAUUUCCCACCGUAAAGCAUGGAGGAGGAGGUGUUAUGGUGUGGGGGUGCUUUGCUGGUGACACUGUCUGUUAUUUAUUUAGAAUUCAAGGCACACUUAACAGCAUUCUGCAGCGAUACGCCAUCCCAUCUGGUUUGGGCUUAGUGUGACUAUCAUUUGUUUUUCAACAGGACAAUGACCCAACACACCUCCAGGCUGUGUUAGGGCUAUUUUACUAAGAAGGAGAGUGAUGGAGUGCUGCAUCAGAUGACCUGGCCUCCACAUUCCCCCGACCUGAACCAAAUUGAGAUGGUUUGGGAUGAGUUGGACCGCAGAGUGAAGGAAAAGCAGCCAACAAGUGCUCAGCAUAUGUGGGAACUCCUUCAAGACUGUUGGAAAAGCAUUCCAGGUGAAGCUGGUUGAGACAAUACCAAGAGUGUGCAAAGCUGUCAUCAAGGCAAAGGGUGGCUAUUUGAAGAAUCGCUUUGGAUAAAAGCGUCUGCUAAAUGGCAUAUUAUAUAUAUUAUAAGAAUCUCAAAUAUAAAAUAUAUUUUGAUUUGUUUAACACUUUUUUGGUUACUACAUGAUUCCAUAUGUGUUAUUUCAUAGUUUUGAUGUCUUCACUAUUAUUCUACAAUGUAGAAAAUAUUAAAAUAAAGAAAAACCCUUGAAUGAGUAGGUGUUCUAAGGCGUUUGACCGGUAGUGUAUAUACAAAAGUAUGUGGACACCCCUUCAAAUUAGUGGAUUUGGCUAUUUCAGUCACACCCGUUGCUGACAGGUGUAUAAAGUCAAGCACACAGCCAUGCAAUCUCCAUAGACAAACAGUGGCAGUAGAAUGGCCUUACUGAAGAGCUCAGUGACUUUCAAUGUGGCACCGUCAUAGGAUGCCACCUUUCCAACAAGUCAGUUCGUCAAAUUUCUGCCCUGCUAGAGCUGCCCCAGUCAACUGUAAGUGCUGUUAUUGUGAAGUGGAAACGUCUAGGAGCAACAAUGGCUCAGCCGUGAAGUGGUAGGCCACACAACCUCACAGAACGGGACCACCGAAGCGCAUAAAAAUUGUCUGUCCUCGGUUGCAACACUCACUGCCGAGUUCCAAACUGUCUCUGGAAGCAACAUCAGCACAAUAACUGUUAGUCGGGAGCUUCAUGAAAUGGGUUUCCAUGGUAUUUGUUAUUUUUGUUAUUUUAUUAGGAUCCCCAUUAGCUGUUGCAAAAGCAGCAGCUACUCUUCCUGGGGUCCACACAAAAUAUGAAACAUGACAUAAUACAGAACAUGAAUAGACAAGAACAGCUCAAGGACAAUAAAAAAUACAAAUAAAUGUAGCCUACAUAUCAAUACAUACACACAAACUAGGUCAAAUAGGGGAGAGGCGUUGUGCCGUGAGGUGUUGCUUUAUCUGCUUUUUGAAAUCAGGUUUGCUGUUCAUUUGAGCAAUAUGAGAUGGAACGGAGUUCCAUGCAAUAAUGGCUCUAUAUAAUCCUGUACGCUUUCUUGAAUUUGUUCUGGAUUUGGGGACUGUGAAAAGACCCCUGGUGGCAUGUCUGGUGUGGUAAGUGUUUGUGUCAGAGCUGUGUGUAAGUUGACUAUGCAAACAAUUUGGGAUUUUCAACACAUUAAUGUUUCUUAUAAAAAGAAGAAGUGUUGCAGUCAGUCUCUCCUCAACUCAUGGCUGAGCAGCCGCACACAAGCCUAAGAUCACCAUGCGCAAUGCCAAGCAUCGGCUGGAGUGGUGUAAAGUUCGGGCUAGGCCCCUUAGUUCCAGUGAAGGGAAAUCUUAACGUUACAGCAUACAAUUACAUUCUAGAUGAUUCUGUGCUUCCAACUUUGUGGCAACAGUUUGGGGGAAGGCCCUUUCCUGUUUCAGCAUGACAAUGCCCCCGUGCACAAAGCGAGGUCCAUACAGAAAUGGCUUGUCGAGAUCGGUGUGGAAGAUCUUGACUGGCCUGCACAGAGCCCUGACCUCAACCCCAUCGAACACCUUUGGGAUGAAUUGGAACGUCGACUGCGAGCCAGGUCUAAUCGUCCAACAUCAGUUCCCGACCUCACUAAUGCGCUUGUGGCUGAAUGGAAGCACGUCCCUGCAGCAAUGUUCCAACAUCUAGUGGAAAGCCUUCCCAGAAGAGUGGAGGCUGUUAUAGCAGCAAAGGUGGGACCAACUCCAUAUUAAUGCCCAUGGUUUUGGAAUGAGAUGUUCGACGAGCGGGUGUCCACAUACUUUUGGUCAUGUAGUGUAGCUAUGAAACAUCAAUAUACAGUAAAUUGGACCUGUGUAGUGAUUACUUGUUUAGAAUAAUAAUAUAUUUUAAAUGUUGAUAUAGGAGACUAAGCUAUAAACUAUAUGAAUCCGCACCAAGGGCCAAUGGUGUGUCAGGCAUUUUAGUCAUUUAGCAGAGCAUACAAUUCGUACUGGUCCCCUGUUGGAAUCUAACCCACUAUCCUGGCGUUGCAAGCGCCACGCUCUACCAACUGAGCCACAGAGGACUACCACGGUGAUCAUUCCGCGCAGAAAUCAUAAUAACAUGUCUUAACUGGCCCAUGGGCAGCGCCUGCAUAGUUUUCCUCUCUAUUUCAAACACACAACAAAAUAUUGUCCUGUAUGUCCAGCCCCCUAGCCUAAAGAUGGAUUCUGGCCCGUCAGUUUCAGCUCUGCAUCUCCUCAUCCCUGUCUCUCUCCGUCCAGGGGGGUCAGACAGCUCUGAUGCUAGCGGUGAGACAUGGCCGGGGCCUGAUGGUGCGUCUGCUGCUGCGCCGCGGCGCCGACACCAAAGUCCAGGACCGCCAGGGGGCCACGGCCCUCAUGUGCGCCUGCGAGAGGGGCCACACACACAUCGCCCGGCUGCUGCUGCAGAGGGCAGAGUGUGACACCAGCGUCGCAGACAGGGUGAGUGUUGGAUGGAUACACUACAGAACACACAAUCCCCCACCCCCUGAAAGCCUCGGGGGUUUCACCAUGAGGCCAAUGGUGACUUCAGGAGUAGGCAAUACAUCUAACGACCUGCUCCUACGCCACCUAGUGAAUAAGACUACAAACUACACCCUUGGGGGGAAUUAA